ACCGUGACGUCACUAGCCGCCAUUUUGAAGCCGGGAGGAUCGUUUGGUUCUGUUUUGAUCUGCACAGGCCACAGAUUUGAUCACUUUCGUGGGCUGAACUACACCAAGAUGGCCACAGACACAGCCCGUCCUCCCUCCAUGGAGCCAGGGGAGGCUAAAGAGUUGACUCCUGAACAAGCUGAAGAGGCGAAACUCAAGGCUAAGUACCCUGCCCUAGGACACCAACAGAGGCCUGGUGGCUCAGACUUUCUUCGCAAGAGGCUACAAAAAGGGCCAAAAUACUUUGACUCUGGAGACUACAACAUGGCAUUGGCCAAGACAAAGAAGGUGCCAAUCAGAGGGAAUGGAGCCAGGCUUCAGCAGCCCAAUCCCAAGGAGGUGACCGGAGACACAAUCCCCACACCAGACAAUGUGCCAGCCCGCAAGCCCUCCCUUCAAACCAGCAAGCUAGUGUCUGACCAACCCCAGAUCACCAAGCCAGAGGCAGUUGUGGGGCUGAAGAAGGGGGAUGGGGAUGCUGGGGAAGAGAAGAAAGAUGAGGAGAAACCCGAAGGACUGUCAACAGAAAAUCAAGAAAACCAGGAGCAGCAUUCAUGACUGGACAUUCAUGCAUCUCUAUGUAACAGAUAUAGUUGUACAGAGAAAGCAAGCACACGCCCUCUUCCUCCUGACCAGGUCUUUGACCAGUCUUCUCAUUUUUCCUCCUUGAUUCAUGUUAUAUUCUGCCCCUUUGUCAUUGCUAUGACGUUGUAGUGAUAUACAUAUAUAUUAUUGUUACACUUAAAGCUACCUGCUCAAUCUAUAUAUGCUAGAUCGUACAAUUUUUUGGAGAAAGCAUAGAGACAGAAAGCCAAGGUCUAGCUCCUAUUUUAAGUUUUGUGGUGGUGUUGCUUGAGCAUGGGCCAAAGUUAUCGAGAUAAACAAAUCUAUGCAUCCCUGUUUCCUGGAUUGUUGUGAAUGCCUUUGCAUUCAUAACAUGUCUAUGUGCUAACAGGGGUGACCUGGCACUUAAUUGAAUAUAGUGCUAGGGAUUUACUCUGAUUCGGAGAUUGUCUUAUAAAUAUAAUGAAAUGCCCUGACAGCCUUGAAUUUUCAAGUAAAAGAUGGCAUGCGACAAGAAAAUAAUAAGGACAUAUUGGAGAUGGACAAGUGGAGAUAGUUAUAGGGAAAAAAACUAACAGAGAUCCUGUAAAAGAUAGCGUAGUACGCCAGAUUUGCCAUCACUAUGGAUAUGAAUAUCAUUUCAAGUCAGAGCAGUUGAUAAAACUGUUACAGACUUCAUUCUAUGUCAGCAAAACUGAGACCAGGGAUGCUGAAGAAGACAGGAGGGAAAAGCAGAUAGCAAUGUACCUCAUCAAAUGCUUUGCUGUUUUGUUUUGUAGAUAUUGCAGAAGUUGUAAUAUUUGCUUUUGAAGAUGGUGGUCAUUUUGAUGCUUUAUGUAUAUUCUGUUGUUUCCUGUGAUAGCUGUCACCGAAUUUGGUCCGUUCUGCAAUAGUAGCUGCAAACAAAUGCUUUGUCACUUUUCCAGUGCUUCGUCACAUGAAUUGUUAUUGUAGCAAAUCAACCAAUAUUAGAGUGUUUGCUAGUCUUGACGCUUGUCCAUUUAAUUAGGGUUCAUGCAGUGAAGAGAUGUAAAUAAGUGAGAUACAUUGAUGUAUGCAGCAAGGCCAGCAAAGGAGUACCUGGUAGCUUAAACUGCAAAUUAAUUACAUAUGGCAUACAUUUAAAUUUGUGAACUCUAAGCAUUUUGCACCAGGCCUGUAAUAGUACAUUGCUACAACAAAAGCAAACUAACUGAUAUAAGUGUCAGUGUUACCCCAAAAAGAUAUAAAGAUUUUGUCAUGCUAGUAUUUUUGUGUGUUUUGUUUUGAAGGGGGCUUACCGUACUUGUAUAUCGAUUAGAAAGGCAAUGUGGGGUUCUGGAAGAACAGCUGAUUUAGUUUAAAUUUACAUUAUGAAAUCAGUGGUUAAAUCAAUUCUAAUUCUGAUGAAUGUGCUUUGGUACCUUACUUUAAUAUAUGUAUGUACAUCUCA